GCCGAUGGACCCGAAUCUUUGACGGUGGUAGAGAUCCCAUCUCGACUCUUUCAUGUUGGCAAGCCGACACAGACAGACCUUUCACCGCAUGAUUCUUGGUUUUCUGCGCUCACAGCAUUCUAUCUGCGUUAAUUACCCGACCAACAAAUGCCCUCGUCCAGUGUUGGCGAAGCUGCCCACCCCCAGAACCACUAUUGACCAUGGACAAAGCCAACCUUGUCGACAAGCACCGUCAGGAAAACGACGCUCCUUUGCCUGGAUCUACCGGGAGAAAACACCGAAAGAGGCCACGGAACGAACCCGAUGACGCCUCGACGAGGUCGUACGAAAAGGCGCGAACAAGAGUCUCGCGCGCAUGCAAUCCCUGCCGCGCUCGAAAAGAUCGAUGUGACGGCCAGCGCCCUUCUUGCCGGUCCUGCGUAGGUGCGGGCCGGGCUUGCAAUUACGAGCCCUCGAAAAAGCGCGGGCUUCCGGCAGGUUACGUUCGGUCUUUGGAGAUUCUCCUGGGCUUGGUCUUUUGCACGAUCGAGGGAAGCGAAUUGUGCGUCUCGUCUAUCCUUGACAGCGAAGCAACGAACUCGGCCGUGUGUUUCGGACCUCCGGUUGGUGGACAGCGAACGGCAGAGGAUUUGCUAAAUGCCUGGCGGAAGAGUACUGUGUCUCGACAAGUCGAACGCCUGCUCGUUCCGAAUGAUGCUAUCGAGGAUGAGGACGAAUCCACAAAUACCUUUGACGACAGAGUGGCUCAAGGUCUCGUGGCUAUAACAACUACCCAUCAUGUCAAUGAUGCGUCUAGCCUCGAUGUUGUAUUAGAGGAUGCUCCAAACCACAUCAAUGUCGAUGCAACCUCCUUGCGCGCGUCAGUAGACCUCUACUCCGAUUCAAACACCUCGCCGCGGCCCAAGACAGAUAUAUCCCCCAGAACCGGCCACAUGCAACUUCCUCCUCACUGGUCACAUCUGUUGGACCGAUACUUUGCAAAUACACAUUGCUGGUUCCCCAUUUCUCAAAAGCACGAUUUACUACGCGCGGCACACAUGCUAGCUAAUAACACGAAAGCCCCCAGGUUGCCUGAUGCACUUUCCCGAGGAGACUGUGCGUUUCUCUGGGCGGUUCUGGGAUAUUUGUCGCACCAAAGCGACCGCUUAAAUGUUCCCACCGACUCUUCUCCAAACCAACGUUACACACAACGCUUAUGCACCAUUGCAAAGGACCUCAUUUCCGACGAAGAAGAGGAGUACCAACUUGGACAUGUCCGUGCCCUAUUAGUGUUGGCCCUUCUUCAGGUAGAUCGUGGCUCCUGGGAUUCCGCAUGGGUCGUUGUUGGCAGGGCUGUCUCUAUAGCUACUUGCCUCGGCGUUCUCCCCAUGGCUCUCAGACAGGCACCCAUACGCACCGAUGACGGGGCCAGAAGAGUGCUUCUUGGAUGUUUUAUCCUGGAAACGCAAAUAGCAUCUCGGCUACGAAGGCGGCCGUACUUUCAGCGGUCGGACAUACAAUCUAUCGGGCUACUACAAACGGAUGGGAUGGAAGAGUGGGAAGCAUGGCAACCAGUUUUCGACCCUAGCCAGCGCCAAUCGAAUCGAAAUAACUCGGAACGAAAUAUUCCAGGGCACGUCUUGAGCAUCUUCAACUGUUUCGCCGAGCUCACGGGCUUUCUCAAUGAUCUCUUGAGGCCACCCGAAGGAACGUCGUUGAGAACUUGGCUCCAGAAAAUUGCUCACAACUUUCAAACUUGGAAACAGGGACUGCCUUUACCAUGCCAAGUUCCUUCCUAUAAAUGCGCGUCACCCCAGCUGCUGAAUUUGCAUAUUGCCACCCACAGCAUUUCAGAGGCUAUCAGAGUCGAAGAGAUGGCGCUCACUGGUGCAGCGACAAGCGACGCCUUCAGCAAUACGCGGAGCUCCAUCCAUGAUCUAGACAAAAUGCUACAAGAUCUCACCCACAAUGUGGGAGCUCUUACUAUCUCGCCUACAGUUAAAACCUACCUUUAUACUUUUGACCAAUCCUUGGAACUACAACAGUUCGGUGGAGAUCCUAUUACGAAAGACCAAAUAUCAUCACUACGAGCUUUCCUUAAUAAACUAGAUGGAGUAUUUCCGAGACCCGCAACUGCUCUCAACAUGGAUUGGAACGGAUCAUUGAGAACGAUAGUAAACGAGGGUGUUACAGACUCCUCAAUAGGCGAUAACUUCAGCAAGACGACACAAUUUCCCCCAUAUGACAUACAGGUGGCUUCUUUGACACCAGUAUCGUUAGGAGCUCCAGUUGGGAAGGAAGGGGGGCAUUUCCAACAACCAUUUGCCUCUUAUUAUGAACCUACCUUACGACCAAGAAGACUUGAAGGCUCAGAGGCACCUCAAACAGCGACUUCCGAACCGACAUUGGAGAGGCGGCAUAGCGUGAGAACCGAAAGCUUAUUCAGCCAAAAGAAUGAAACGGGCAAGCGUUUAGGUGAAACGAAUGUAAAUGAAGCGCGGGCAGCACUUGACCUGGAUGGUGGUAGCGUAUUGCCAACCGAUUCCCUGUCGAGUGACAUAGAAACAGACCCUCUGUUUGAUAGCCUGGCUAUAUUAGACCAAGUUGACUGGCUGGCAAACGCUCCCGACUUUAUGAGGCCCCUCGGCGUGUUUGGCGAUUUCCCCCAUGAUCUCGAAAACUUCUUGGAUGUAGAACCAAACCUGGAUUAAUAGAACUCAAGGCAUGUGACUACCAAGUCAUCUUGUGCAAUUCUUGCGCACUAUUUCUGGCACCACUGUACUGUGGGCCUUGCGAGUUCAAGUUGAGGCGUUCGUGGCUAGAGUGCUCGGAACUGAUUUGAUGAACAAAACAAGACUGCCUCGCAAACGACUUUCCAACUGCUCUGUGUCUCUGGCGGAGACCCUCUGUGACCUGCAUAGUAAGCUG